CAAUUUUCUAUACAUUUUCGUGUUUUUUCUUCAAUCAAAGGUACGUUUUGAAAUAGCAGAGCAAAUACCAAACACAUCCCUCGUUUCAUUGCUCUCUUUCUUAUACUUUUCUUCUUCAAUCAAAGAUGAAUCCUGAAAUUCUCGAGGCAAUUCAGAAAAAGCUCAAGGCUAUGGAGGCGGCUAAUAGAAUUCCGGGAGACAAAGAUGAAAAACAAUUCGUUGAUGAGUACAUGUUCUGUUUCAGAAACAGCUACACUGAGAAUGAAACUGUGUUUCACAUGAAAAAUAAGUUUCCGUCUUUAGUACCUGCGGAUGCGGAUGUGAGAAAGUUCUUUAAAUUGUUGAUAUCAGCGACCGGUAAAGAGUCAAAAAAGGCGUAUCUCAAGGAUGCUGAAGCUUGUUGGUCUCGAAGAUGUAGUCAGGGGCGUGACACUUCUGAGGAAGCUAAGAACAGUCAAGGUGAGGCCAGUACAUCUCACAAAUGUGAACGUAACUGCAAGAAACGUUAUCCCAAAAUUCCGAAAAAUUAAUACUUUGAUCAAAGGAUACGUUGUCUAAAUAAGAGUGGUUUUUGUGUUCCUAUACAACCAAAAUCCAUGUUUAUAUAUGAUGUACCUUUGUUUAGGAGUUGUACUCCAACGUCUUUGUGAUUCACCAAUAAAAGUAGUAUAAUGAAAUACCAAAAA